UCUUCCAGCUGAGUCUUCAUGGCCGAGGCCACCAGUACAAGCAGCAGCAGUGGAGGCGCUGGAGGUGUGCGUGUCCCCCAGGAGCCCUCUCUCAAAACUGGGGUGGUGUUGUCAGAUGAGAGGGUGGACUUCCUUCGGGAGCAGGCCUUCUGCGUGCUGCGAGUGAAGACGGAUAAGUGGAACCGCUUCAUUGGAGCAGAGGAGAACCAGAAGAUUAUACUGGAUUUCCUGGACCACAUCUGGACCAACAGACUGCUGCUCUUCACGGGGCCUGGAGGGACACUGCAUGCAGGGGAUGCUCAGGUAGGAAAUCGGAAAAGGAUGAAUUGAGUUUAAAAAAAGUUCAGGCAGCUGCUUUCA